AGUGGAGAAGUUGCUACAGCAGAGUCAGAUGGCUGGACUGUAACAGGAGAGGAUCAGGAGAAAGCAUUUUCAAAGCCAUCAGCGGAGAAGCUGCUGCAGCAGAGUCAGAUGGCUGGACUGUAACAGGAGAGGAUCAGGAGAAAGCAUUUAAUGUAACAGAGGGGUCUCUUGAAAAGUUUACCACCAAGGGUGGCAACAGUACCAAUGUCUACCAUGCCGCAUACCACAGAUAACCCAGCCAACCUGACUGACUACGAGUACCAAUACUUAGAGGAGGAGGAUUACAUCCAGUUUUUGCUUUGCACAAAGGAAAAUGUCAAGGCGUUUGGCAAGGUGUUCCUGCCAGUGCUCUAUACAACAGUGUUUCUGCUUGGAUUGGCUGGGAACUGUCUACUCUUUGCCAUCUUGAUCAAAUAUACCAAGAACAAGAAAAUGACCGAGGUGUAUCUGCUGAAUCUCACCAUUUCAGACCUUCUUUUCGUGGUAACCCUUCCCUUCUGGGCCAUGUACGCAGCGUCUCAGUGGGUGUUUGGGAAUGCCUUCUGCAAGAUCAUAAGUGUCAUCUACACCACCAACUUCUACAGUGGCAUCUUCUUUGUCAGCUGCAUGAGUCUGGACAAAUACCUGGAGAUUGUUCAUGGUUGGUCCAAUAAAAACUUAAGGGCCCCAAGAAAGAGCUUCCUUGUCUCUUCAGUAGUGUGGGUUAUUUCCAUAGUGCUGUCUAUUCCUGACUUUAUCUUCAUGCAGGUGCAGGAUCUCCACAACGGGAGACGAGUUUGCCACCUCAACUAUGGUCUGCACAACUCCAUCUGGCAGCUUCUCUUUCAAUUCCAGCAGAUCCUGCUAGGCUUCUUCCUUCCAUUCCUUUGCAUGGUGUUCUUCUACUCCCGCGUAGCUUGUGUCCUCACUGCGUUAAUGUCUCCUGGCAAGAAGAGAGCUCUCCGCCUGGUCGUUCUUUUGGUGGUAGUUUUCUUUGUGCUAUGGUUCCCGUACAACGUUACCCUCUUUCUGCAUUUGUUGCAAAACCUCCAUGUGAUUAAGGGUUGUGAAACUAGCAAGCACUUGGACUACGCUAUGCAAGUGACUGAGAGCGUUGCCUUUAUUCAUUGUUGCCUCAACCCCUUGCUGUAUGCUUUUGUGAACAAACGGUUCAGGUUACACUUAAAGAAGAUUUUUGGGGCCAUAUUCAGGAGGCAGGAUUUCUUUGUUCUCCAGGUGUCCGAGACAAGUCGUUCUUCUAGUAGGUGCACCGACCAAGUAGAAAUGACAAGCAUCACAAAUGUGUAAUGAAUAUUUAGAGAAUUUCAUUGCUGUACAUGUUUUAUUAUCACAUAUUGUACUGUUUCUGGCGUGGAACUCAUUCUGGAGUGAUGUAUGCAUAAGCGGUUGGAGCACAGACCUGGGAAUCACGAAGGACCAAGUAUUAAUCCCAGCUCUAGCACUGGGAUCAGUUGUUUUGGGCAAAUCACAACCUGCCUCUGCCUCAGUUUCCCUAUCUGUGAACUCAUGGGGAUGGUAAUAAUUUGUUGGGAGGAUUUUUCUAGAAUGGUGUAAAUAUGGAGUAAUCCCACUGAAGUUGGGAAUCAUUUUUGCAUUUACACCGGUGUGUCUGAGAGCAGAAUCUGUCCCUGUAAUCAGUCACAAUGAGGAUACUCCAACAGAAUGGAAUUUGGCCGUGCAACUAGAGUUACAAAGGGAUUACUCUGGAUUUAUACUGGUGUAACUGGCAGCUAAAAUUUGUCUGAUGUUUGUAAAGCAUGUGGGCCCAGAUCUGGACUUCCAGAGUCUUUGGGCUCCUAACUCCUAUUGAAAUAAAUGAAAGUUAGGCACCUAAAUAUCUUGGAGAAUCUGGGCUGUGGCGCAAACUGAGUGUGUGAGGCAGAGUGGCCUCCCUCCAAGCCUGACAGGGAGGAAACACUCCACAUCUCCUGACUGGGCAGAACCAAGCUAGCCCUGUCCCUGUGCUGGAAGUGGAGGGGCAGGACAGGAAGUAUAAAAGGAAGGCCUUCCAGCUAAGUUGGAUUGGAGCCAGACAUCUCUACCUUGCUGUGGAACUCUGGACCAGAGACCGAGCUGUGCAGUGCCCCAGGAAGAGACCAGCUGGGGAGAGGAGUUGGUGGACAGGGGUCCCAUGCAUUUACCCCGAGGAGACUGAAGACCUAUGGAUGAAGGAGCCACACCAAGGAAGGGUGGUUGGAAGUAGCUGAGGGGAACCAGACAUUAGCCCAGUUAUGUGGCCAGUAAAUGAGUCAGCAUGUUUCGGUGACUUCCCUGCUGACCCAGUGGUGGGACCACCCACGACUGUUCGGGCUCUGGGCUGGGACCUGGUAGAGUAGAGGGGCCUGGGUCCUCCUUCCCCCUGCUGCCAACCCCACCCCUGAGGUGGGGGGUCUAUUCACCCCAGGCCAGAAGGCCUGUGGCUCUGCCCUGCCCAGAGGAGUAGAGCCCCAGACUACGUCUGCUGUCUGCUCCAGCUUGAAGGAUUUAGCUAAAAGCUGCUCUUUACUCUCCCUGGCCAGAGGGUCAAGGCAAUAGAUUGUAGAUUGCUAUCUGCCUCAGCCAGGAGGCUGGGCAAUAGACUGUGUGCUGUUCUGUCCUGACCACAGGGUCAGAGACCUAACCUUCUUAAUGACUGCUUACUAUGUUACAUAGUGAGGCCGAGCGGGGAGGGACAACCACAGACCCACUGCACUGAGCAAACUGAGUUCUAAGUAUUAUCAGCGAGGGCGUACACAAACACAUACACACAGAGAGAUCUGGAUUACGUACAAUUUAGAUGUCAAAUACAGUGAAACCUGGUGUAAUGGGCUGUCCACCCCACCCCGCACAAGAGUGGAAGUGGUUAAUGGAGGGCAAGUGGGCCAAUUAACCUAGUAGAUUGAAUACUGAAAGGAAAACCCUGAUGAGAGGAACAGGUUUAUCUGUGAAGGAACAGGCGAGGCCUAUAUCAAGCCAGGUGGCUGGCUACAGAUAGGUAGUGAUUGCUGGGAAAGGCUGCAGGGAAGUAGACUGCAGUCAUUCCCUGAGUGGAGGGAGGUGGCAAACCCAGAGAGGGGGGAAGCCAGAUAAGUAGGAAGAAGCCCAGGGAAACAGCCGCAAGAGGUAGGAGUAUGCAGGGACUGUGGUUGCUUGUUAUAGAGUUCCUGGGCGGGAACCCGGGCUAGAGGGUGGACCUGUGUUCCCCUCGCAGUCACUGGCAAGUGGAAAGGGCAUUGGAGAUGCUAGCCAGCCAGUGGGUCUGGAAGGACUCUGAAUUCCCUGGAAGGGGAGGAUCUUAGUGACCCAGCCCGAGGGCCAAGCCACGAAGAGGAGACUGCAGUUCCUGGUGUGCGAGGGGCUGCAGGGCAAGAUAGUACAGGAGAAGAUCUUGCCAGAAGGGAAGCACAAUGCAGAGCUAAUUCCCAGGACAGCCAGCAGGAGGCGCCACUAGCAGUGAGUGAACCCUGUGACACCUGGUCUACCAGGCCCCUGCCCUGCUGAUCACUAGGAUUUCAGUUUUUCCAAAUGCAUCACACUCUAUUAUGUGGCUACUUGUAACAAUAGCUAGAGAAAUAUCAGAUGCAGUGCCUUUGGUGGCUGCUGUUGAUGGAUUUCAUGAUAAAUCCUUCCCUUACCCGUACUGCACACUGACAGUGGCCCAGUGACUAUGCAAUCCUCUGAAUCGCUCCCACACACCCCAACCUCUCUAGCUUUUUAGGAAUGGAAGCUUCACGUGAUUCUUAAAUAUGUAUGUCCCUUUCAAGAGGGAGACUGAAGUCCUAAGGUAAAAUCUGGUCAGCCAGCACUGCAAUAAAUGCUAGUUGUGGUGGGUGGCAAAACUUCAAUGGGCUUCAGUGGCAGAGGCCUCUAUCUUUGAGGUCAAUGUCCCAGAAAUCCUAAGGAUGUUUUUAUUAUGCAUCCAGUGAAAGGUGGUGAGGGUUUUGGAAUCACCAUAAUUGCUUUAUUGCCAUUAGAUUUGCUCUAACAACGAGGAGUACUUGUGGCACCUUGGAGACUAACAAAUUUAUUUGGGCAUAAGCUUUCGUGGGCUAAAACCCACUUCAUCAGAUGCACGGAGUGGAAAAUACAGUAGGAAGAUAUAUAUACACAUAGUACAUGAAAAGAUGGGAGUUGCCUUACCAAUUCUAACGAGACAAUUCAAUUAAAGUGGGCUAUUAUCAGCAUGAGGAAAACAUCACUUUUGUAGUGGUAAUCAGGGUGGCCCAUUUCAAACAGUUGACAAGAAGGUGUGAGUAACAGUAGGGGGAAAUUAGCAUGGGGAAAUUCGUUUUUAGUUCUUGUAGUGACCCAUCCACUCCCGGUCUUUAUUCAGGCCUAAUUUGAUGGUGUCCAGUUUGCAAAUUAAUUCCAGUUCUGCAGUUUCUUGUUGGAGUCUGUUUUUGAAGUUUUUUUCCGUGAAGAAUGGCCAUUUUAAAGUCUGUUAUUGACUGUCCAGGGACGUUGACGUGUUCUCCUACUGGUUUUUGAAUGUUACAAUUCUUGAUGUCUGAUUUGUGUCCGUUUAUUCUUUUGCGUAGAGACUGUCCGGUUUGGCCAACGUACAUGGCAGAGGGGCAUUGCUGG